GAAUCAGUGGUGAUUUGUCAGGAAUUCGAUCUGCUAAAUAUUAUUUUUUAUUUUUUCAUUGGAUCCAGUUGAGCUGCGAUAGAUGACAGUUGAAAUUUUAAUUCGCUCAAGAUGAUUUCGCGGUUGAUUUGGGUUCUUGUUAUUUUUACUGCGGCCCUUGUGUACCAAUCAACGAUGGCGCAAGUCGAUGGAUAUCGUCCAGGAGUGGAUUACCCCAUCUACAAUUCCGUUCCUUUCGGUCUUACUUUCAACUGCAGAGGGAAAUUACCCGGAUAUUAUGCGGAUCCUGAGGCGAGAUGUCAGGUCUGGCACUGGUGCCUUCCCAGUGGUCGAAUGUUCAGCUUUUUGUGUCCCAAUGGAACUGUCUUCAGUCAGACAACUAGAGUCUGUGACUGGUGGUUCAAGGUGGACUGCAAUGAAUCACCGAGACUCUAUGGAAUCAAUGACGAUUUGUACAGAGAUGCCAAUGGAAACCGGAUAUGAAUUAUGAUACGUCGACACUUAUUUAUGCACUCAAUAAAAAUAUGAAAACUCGAGGAAUUGUGAUAUUUUAUCCACUUGAAUCGGGGAAUUUAUCAACAUAGAUCGGUCGAAUAGAAAUCCCUAUUAUCCAUCAGGUUAAAUAAAACAAACAAUAACAAUUGA